AUGACUGCAGAAAGCACUCAAAGAGUGGGAGACAAUUCCAGCUCUCGGAUUGAUGCAGAACUAUUGCCGAUCACCUCGGCACACUCCAAUUCCCCCACGGUCCAGGGGUUUGGUGAAGACGAAAAAGGCCAUGAUGCCAAUGUUCGAAGCUCGACGGAAGAGUCAAUAGGAAAACGCAAGUAUUGGAGAUACUUUGCCGAUGUCACUUCAUGGACGCCGCCGCGAUGUCGAUGGAAUCCAGAGGAUCCGAGUAAAUUCGGCUUGCCUUUGAACAUCCUGUUCGCAUUCUCGGGAACUUUCACGGUUGCCAAUCUAUACUAUUCACAUCCCAUUCUUGAUGUUCUGGCCCGGUUCUUCGAUGUCUCGCACGAGCGAGCCUCAUUGAUCCCGACCUGCAGUCAGGCUGGAUAUGCGACAGGAUUAAUCCUACUUUGUCCUCUUGGGGACUUGGUUCGGAGAAGGCACUUUGUUUUGCUGUUGACGCUUGUUACUGCGACAUUGUGGAUCGGUGUCUGUAUCACCGAGUCAUUCGAGGUAUUCCUUGUUCUAAGUUAUCUGUCUUCGGUCACGACUGUUACUCCACAAAUCAUGCUCCCUCUCGUCGGAGAUCUCGCCCCUCCAGCUCGUCGUGCCACAGCCCUAUCAAUCGUGUCAUCAGGACUCGUCCUGGGCCUUCUCUUCGCCCGCCUGCUCUCAGGUGUAGUCGCAGAAUACUCACACUGGAGGAAUAUCUAUUGGCUAUCACUAGCACUCCAAUUCCUCAUUUUCGCCCUUCUGUGGUUGUUCAUGCCCGACUACCCAUCAACAAACACCAACAUCUCCUACUUCAAGAUCCUGUAUUCCAUCAUCGGAUACUAUUGGACAUCCCCGGUGCUUGUUCAGGCCACUCUCAUGGGAUUCUUCCUCUCGGCUACAUUCACCAGUUUCUGGACGACGCUCACCUUCCUUCUAUCCGGCGAUCCUUACAACUACCAAACUCUAAUAAUCGGGCUAUUCUCUCUGGCGGGCCUUACACCCAUGUUCCUGGGCCCCCUCUUCUCACGCUACAUGAUCGACAGAUUCGUACCGCAGUUCUCCAUUCUCGUCAGUCUCAGCAUCCUGAUCACCGGCGUCAGCGUCGGUACCUACACAGGCACGUAUACUGUCGCGGGCCCAAUUAUCCAAGCUGCACUACAGGAUUUCGGUCUGCAGAUGACGCAGGUUGCCAAUCGCGUUGCGAUCUACAGUGUUGCGCCUAAGGCGCGAAAUCGAAUUAACACGGGAUACAUGAUGGGCGUGUUCUGUGGUCAGCUCAUGGGUACCUCUGUUGGGAAUCGUCUCUACAGUCAAGGGGGGUGGAUUCUCUCGGGAAGUGUCAAUUUGGCAUUUAUUGGGGCGGCGCUGCUUAUCUGUCUUCUUCGUGGCCCAGCUGAGAAUGGAUGGGUUGGGUGGCAUGGUGGCAUUCGCAUCCGACGAACAGAGUGA